AACAAAAAUCCAACCAUGGAUCUGCAGAAAAUGUUGCCUCUUGUCAAGAUACUUCUCAUCUUCUUCAUCGGUUCUUGCAGCUCAAGCGAUGACGCAAUCCUCAGAUCAAAGCCCUUGAGAGACGGCGACAUCGUCUACUCAAAAGGGAGGAAAUUCGCCUUUGGAUUCUUCAGCCUGGGGAACUCGAAAAGACGGUAUGUCGGGAUUUGGUAUGCUCAAGUUUCAGAGCAAACCAUUGUUUGGGUUGCAAACAGAGACCAUCCAAUUGAUGAUACAUCAGGAGUUGUCAGACUCAGCAGCGGAGGAAAUCUCUGUGUAUAUGCAAGAAUCGAUGGAACAGAACCUGUUUGGUCCACGGACGUUUCGGAUACUGUCUCAGGACAAGCUCUUGUUGCUUACCUUACUGAUUUAGGCAACCUUGUUUUGGUUGAUCCUGUCACCAAAAAUGUUUUCUGGCAGAGUUUUGAUUAUCCUACAAACACUAUGCUUCCGUUUUUGAAACUCGGGUUUACACAAAAAGACGGUAAGGAUAGGUCUCUAACCUCAUGGAAAUCUCCUGAUGAUCCGGGUUCCGGAAACUUCUCGUAUCGGAUAACCCGAAAUGGGUUUCCACAGUUGAUUUUGUACAAUGGGUUAACCCCGUUGUGGCGAACCGGGACCUGGACAGGGCAGAGAUGGAGCGGUGUACCCGAGAUGACAAACAGAUUCAUCUUUAACGUUACCUUUGUGAAUAACCUGAGUGAAACAUCAAUCGUGUAUGGUGUGAUAGAUCCGUCAAUCAUUACAAGAAUGGUUAUAAACGAGACUGGAACCCAGCAAAGGUUCACAUGGAAUGGAAGGGAGAAGAAGUGGAUCGGGUUUUGGUCCGCCCCGAAAGAGCAAUGCGAUUAUUACGCUCAUUGUGGACUCAAUGGUUACUGUGAUCCCACGAGUUCAGACAUGUUUGAGUGCAAAUGCUUGCCGGGGUUUGAGCCAAAGUCACCUCGUGAUUGGUUCUUAAGGGAUGCUUCCAGUGGAUGCCUGAAGAAAAACACGUCUCAAAACCCUGGAAUGUGUCGGGGUAGAGAAGGGUUUGCGAAGUUAGAGCAUGUGAAGAUUCCCGACACAUGUUUUGCGAGAGUGGAUCUGAAUAUAACAUUGAAGGAAUGUAAAGCAAAGUGUUUGAAGAACUGUUCUUGCGUUGCGUACGCAAGUGCAUACCACGAGAUAGAAGGUGCUACUACAGGUUGCUUGACAUGGCAUGGAGGCAUGCUUGAUACGAGGAUUUACGUUAACUCGGGACAAGAUUUCUACGUACGUGUAGACGCGGAUGAGUUAGCAAGGUGGAACAAGAAAACAACGUUAGGGAAAAGGAGAGUGAUCUCAGCUCUACUCAGUUCGGUUGCCGCGAUACUCUUACUAAGCGGACUUAUGCUCUGUUUCGUAAUAAUGAAGCGAAGAGAGUCUAAAAGGCGAAGCAUAACUUCGAUAGCUUUUACAGAGAGUUCUUUAAAUCUCGAAGAUUCUUUCAGCGAAGAACAGUUUGACGAAAAGGGACGAAAGCGGGAUUUACCUUCCUUCGAGCUUAACAUAGUUGCUUCAGCAACAAAGAACUUCUCUUCUGAUAACAAACUCGGAGAAGGCGGUUUCGGGUCUGUCUACAAGGGGUUAUUACACAAUGGAACAGAGAUAGCGGUGAAGAGGUUGUCGAGGAACUCAGGGCAAGGAGUAGAAGAGUUCAUGAAUGAGGUGAAGCUGAUAUCGAAGUUGCAACACCGAAAUCUCGUGAGGAUUUUCGGGUGUUGUGUCGAGGCGGAAGAGAAGAUGUUGAUUUAUGAGUACUUACCGAACAAGAGUUUGGACUAUUUCAUUUUCAAUGAGGAAAGAAGAUCAAUGCUGGAUUGGCGAAAACGGGUGGAAAUAAUCCGAGGGGUCGCUCGGGGAAUCUUGUAUCUUCAUCAGGAUUCAAGGCUUAGAAUCAUCCAUAGAGAUCUCAAGGCGAGCAACGUUCUCCUCGACAACGAAAUGAACCCGAAAAUCGCUGAUUUCGGCAUGGCCAGGAUUUUCGGAGGCAACCAAAUAGAAGGCAGCACGAAGCGUGUCGUAGGGACAUACGGAUAUAUGUCUCCAGAAUACGCAAUGGACGGACAAUUCUCCGUGAAAUCCGACGUGUAUAGCUUCGGAGUUUUGAUGUUAGAGAUCGUAACAGGCAAGAAAAACAAUGGCUUCUACGACGAAAACCCUUCUUCUAACCUGGUCGGACAUGUUUGGGAUUUAUGGAACGAGGGAAAAGUUUCAAAGCUCGUAGACAAAUCCAUGGAAAAGACGGCGUGUAAUGAAGAAGAAAUCUCGAGGUUCAUGCAAAUAGGGUUGCUGUGCGUGCAAGAAAGCGCAACAGACAGGCCGACAAUGUACACUGUGGUCUUCAUGUUGGGUAAUAACACAACGGUUCUUCCGUCUCCGAAGCAUCCUGCGUUUACGAUUAGGAAGAGAAGCAGCAGCAACAAUGGCGGAUCUGCUCCGUGGCCGAGUGGGGAAACCAGUGGUUCUGUGAACGAUGUUACGAUCACCAUGGUGCAUGGUCGCUAAGGAUAAUGAAUAUCACAAACAUAGAAAGUUGUUAUUGGUAUAUAUUUGCUCAAGGAAAUGUAUAUGUGCAUGUCUAAAUGCGGAUGUUUUGAUCAAAUGGGUUUUUAGAUUUGUAUGAAACUUAUGAUUAUUAAUAUGAUUUGGGAGAAUUAUAAAUUUA